AUGGCUGCUCAGCAAAAGAGGGCGUACUCAACAACUCCGACAACAAAUGAUCCAAACCAUGAGAUUAGUGUCGUCACUAAUGCCAACAGCAUCAGUAGUGACCUGUACAACAACUACAUCAACAACAAUUCAAGCAACUCACUCAACAACAACCAACUCAUGAACAGUUCCAAUCAAACUAACAACGAAAUUCUAGCAAUAAAUCAGCAACAAAUGCAUCAGCAUCGACAACAACAACUGCUACUACCUCAACCGCAACAGCCACUGCAACAGUUGAUUACGACGAUGUUGAAGAAGACCUCGAGAGGCUUGGGCUUCACCAUAAGAGGAUUGGAAGACGAGGAUGGUGGAGGCGUGUGGCUGGUCAUCAAAUCUAUCCUGCCUGCUGGACCAGCUGAAAUGGAUGGAAAGUUACAAAGAGGUGACGUGCUGGUGAGCGUCAACGACCAUGAUGUGUGUGGCUUGACGCAUUUCGAUGUGGUCAACAUGUUUCGCCAGCUGGAAAUCAACCAAGAGGUGAAAAUUGAGGUCAUCCGUGGCCAUCAUUCGACCUUGAACUUUGACUUGUACGACGGAGAAGUGAACGAUCCAUCAGUAGAAGUUCUAACCACAGUGGCGGUAGGUAACGCUGAUGGUGACGACAGUGAGAGCAGUUACUACAGUGAAGAUGUUGGCAAUGCAAGAGUUGUCUACGACUACCACAAAUGCAUGACGUACAAUAAUGGAAGCAUUUUUUCCGGAGGACCUCAAGAUAUCGGAGGGGUUUGUCCCUAUUAUGAGUACCAGGGCCUGGUAGGAGUGAAAAAGAUUGAACUGAUCAUCGUGAAAGGGCCGACAGGUUUUGGAUUUACUCUGGCCGAUCGACCAGAAGGACAAAAGGUGAAACAACUCGUGGACAUGAACAGAUGUCGGGGAUUGUCGGAAGAUGAUCUUUUACUGGAGAUCAACAAUCAGUCCAUCAGAAACUUCAGCCAUCUUGAGGUCGUGCAAAUGCUGAAGUUGUGUCCAACCAACCAGCCUGCUCUCUUUCUCGUGGAGAGGAAAGUAUUGCAGAGUAAAUGUUUGAACGUGAACGACGUGAACAGCAGCAGCAUAAGCAGUUUGCAGUUAUGCACCUUGAAUGGUGGCAGCUGCAUGCCUAACAGUCCUUACUAUUUCAGGCCGUACUCGGCCGGUUCUCAGAUGCAACAUCAGCAACACUUUUUAACAAACAGCAAGCAACUCAUGAAACAUCAGGAACACAAUCUGUACCUGCCUCUUCAAAAAGAAUACGAAUCUAACAACAGAUCGUUCAAGCAGUCUCCCUGCAUGGUUCAUGAACAUUUGAGGAAGCAACUCUCUUCUCCAUCGUCGGCGUCUACGCUCAUCAUCGAUUCACUCACUUAUCCACAGCAAACUCCAGACUUCAUUCCCGCCAACGUCUUCACCAGUUCAUCCACUUCUUCAGAGUCCAAGUUGACAGCAAACGAAAGUGGUUAUGUUGGAAGUGUAUCAUCAACAUCCAAGCCACAAACUUAUCGUUAUUGUUCUGCUGUCGAACCCCACAACCUUCAUCAUUGCUUUAAUGAAUUCUGCAGUAGCUGUUACGCCGAUAAUCUCUACUUAGACAGCAUCAACAACAACAACAACAUUGUUAAUGCCAACAUCAACGCUGGUGCCAACAACAACAUGGUCAUCAAGACUGUCUUCUUAAAGAAAAGUCCUACUGGCUUCGGCUUUCGAGUUGUUGGUGGCAAAGAAGAAGGCUCACAAGCAACUAUUGGCCACAUUGUUCCUGGAGGCCCCGCCUACCUGGAUGGCAACCUGUGUGUGGGCCAGGAGAUUGUGUUAAUUGAUGGGUUGAAUGUGGAAGGGGCGUGGCACAAAGAUGUCGUUGACCUCAUCAACAUGGCUGCUCAGAAGGGGGAGGUCAUGUUGAGCGUGAGAGAUCCAACAGAUUUCCUAAACAACAAUCAAAUGGAAAGUAUGCACCUGUCACAGCAACUACAUGACGUUGUACUCACUAGGAACGAGAAUGAAGGAUUCGGCUUCUACAUCUUAUCGUCUGCCAUCAAAUCUUCACCAGUCAUCGGACAAAUUGUUGAGAACAGUCCAGCCAGUCGUGCGGCCAACUUGAAAAUUGGUUCGCAGAUAAUUGCCAUCAACAACAAUCUCAUCCUGAACAACAUGUCCCACAAUCAAAUUGUUGACAUAAUUAAAUCCUCUGGAACCAGCAUCAAGCUGACACUGACAGAUGCUACUCCGAGCGCACCUUCCAUCGAUCGCAUGAUCAUGCAAGCUACUGAAUUCAAGAACGAAGGUACCGCGGAUAGCGAAGUAGCCAUCAUUGAUAUCGACCUGCACAGGAGCAACAAGGGAUUUGGUUUUUCGAUUCGUGGCGGUCAAGAGUUCAACCUCAUGCCACUUUAUGUCCUGAAGAUCGCCGAUGAUGGUGCCGCCAAGUUGGACGGUCGUCUGCAGGUCGGCGAUGAAAUUUUGAAGAUAAAUGAUGCAAUGACGCAAGGCAUGACUCACCGUGAUGCUAUAAAUAUCGUCCAAUCAACACAAGCCGUUCUCCAUCUUACCAUCCGACGUUUUGCCAAUUUAUCUGAAGCAGAUGACUUGUGAAAUAUAUUUGAUUCAAUUUAUUAACUUGUCUGUCGGUUAAUUAAUUGCUAAAUUAUUAAUUACUAGAUCAAUUGAUUCAUUCAUUGAUUGUUUCAUUCAUUCAUUUAUUCGUUCAUUUCAUUCACUGUAAUUUUCGUUUGUUGUUUCAUUGUUAUUGAUUCGAUGUUGGAUUUAUAGUUAGAUUAAAGAUUGUUAUACGAAAUAAUUAUCUCAUUUUUAUAACGAACAAACUCGAAAGUUUUUUACGUAAAAUUUCGAUACUACGAACUUUUUAUAAAAAUUGUGUUUUUAUUUAUUUAUUUAUACAAAUAAGAAACGUGGUUUAUAAGUUUAUAGGGCUAUUUGACGUUGCUAGUCACUUGAAACGUGUCAGUAAAGUCAAACAUAAUAUAUUUUUUUUUUUCGAUAUAAAUUACUAAAAGCUAUUUAUUUAUUGAUUUACUUAUUUGUUUAUUUUGUUACAUUCAAACGACUCAUCAGUAUUUUCAACGCAGCUUUUUUUAUAUUUUUCAAUUCGUUAUUAACUUCAGCGUCGUUAUUAGUCGAACGUUAAAUUUUGUAUUCAUCAACAAUUAAGGUAUUGAUAAUCUUUCUAAUUUAGUGUGUUUUCGUGUCUAAUUUGGUUGAAAUGUUCUUUACUGGUUACACCAAAUGCCUGGAGAAGUUUGAAACUUGGCUGCUUAUCAGCAAUAAUCGCGCACAAGAUUGUUGUUAAGCGGACUUUAAACCAUGGCGAUGAAGAUGAUGAUCAAAUUUAUUAUAAAUAUUAAUUAUAUCAUAUUGUCUUUCUAUCUUAAUGUGCCUCACUGAUAGAAAUUAAAUAGAUUGAUUUGAGUAAAUAUCGAAUUGUUUUGUAAGUUGACUCGGUUAUUUAAAUGAUUAAAUUUCAAGUUGUGUUGGUUUUGUUACGUACAGUUUCUCAGACAAUUUUGUUUUAAUAUAUAUGUAUGUGUGUGUAUAUAUAUAUAUAUAUAUAUAUAUAUAUAUAUAUAUAUAUAUAUAUUUAUUUAUUUAUCGUGGCCAAAUUAUUUUGAAAUAUAUUUCAAUUUGAAUUAUUUCAAAUCUUUGUUACUUAUUUAUUUAUUCAUAGAUGUUUAGACAUUGAUAAUCAAAACUUGACAACACAUGUGCGAUCAUGAUACGUUUGUUACACGUUUAUUCGUUUCUGAUAUUUAUUAUACCUACAUAACUGCUUUACUAACGAUUGUCAGUAUUAUUUUUCAUGUUGAUGUUUUAGAAUAUAAAAAAUUGUUUUAGUCACAUUUUA